AUGUCUAGUAGAAAAACAUUGCCUGUGUGGAACUUUUGUGGUGGCACUUGCAGGGUUUCUCAUAGUUCCUCGGUUGAAAAGAUGAGAAUUCUGCAAGUGUCACCUUCUAAUGGCAAUGGUUCCUCCUCAAGUGAAGAGCCUCAGGAUGCAGAUUAUGAUGUUCCAUGUCUCAGUGAUGAGCUAGAGACCAUGAUAUUGGCACGAUUUCCAAUAUCAAAACACUGGAAGAUGUGUUGUCUAAGCAAGCGGUUUUUUACCCUACUGAAGAGUGGUGAAAUCUAUAGAAUAAGAAGAAUGAUAGGGUUAAAAGAACCAAGUGUGUUUAUGUUAGCAAGUGGAGAGAAAAAUUGGUGUGCAUUUGAUUGUCAUUUCAGGUCCUGGAAGAAGCUCCCUAUUAUUCCAUCAGAUUACAAUUUUGAGUGGGGGGAUAAAGAGUCAUUUUCUGCAGGAACCCAUUUGUUUGUUUCAGGUAAGGAGGUUGAAGGUACUGUUGUUUGGAGGUAUGAGUUAGCAACAAAUGAAUGGUUCAAGGGUCCUUCCAUGCUCAGUCCAAGGUGCCUUUUUGCAUCAGCCUCUUGCGGUACAAUGGCUUUUGUUGCAGGUGGACUUGAGACAACAACUUGGGAAGUUUUGAAUUCAGCUGAGAAAUACAAUUCUGAAAGCCAGUGUUGGGAGCCCCUCCCAAGGAUGAUACAAAAGAGGAAGUUUUGCUCAGGUUGUUACUUGGACAACAAGUUCUAUGUUGUUGGAGGACAAGAUGAGCAACAAAAAGACCUCACUUGUGGGGAGUUCUUUGAUGAAGAGACUAAUAGUUGGAACUUAAUUCCUCACAUGUUGAAAGAUAUUCCUGUUUCAACUCCAAGAUCACCACCUCUUAUUGCUGUUGCCAACAAUAAGCUCUAUACCAUCGAUGCUUUCUCAAAUGAGCUAAAAGUUUAUAUGAAGGGAAGCAACUCAUGGAAGAAGUUAGGACCAGUUCCGGUGAGAGCUGAUGCACUAGGAGGUUGGGGUGUGGCAUUCAAAUCCUUGGGUAAUGAGUUGCUUGUUAUAGGGGCUACCACUGUCUCCUAUUCACCCCGUGCCAUGAUGACUAUAUACACUUGCUGCCCUGAUCCAUGUUCUGAGAAACUGAAUUGGAAGCAAAUUGUAUGUGGCAGCACCCACCUUAAUCCCUUUAUUCACAAUUGUGCUGUUAUGUUAGCCUGA